UGAUUCGUUGAGCCGUUGGCUAAAUUGCAAUGAUAAACCAGUAGUUAUCUGCGUAAUCUUAGUUGGUGGCUAUAAAAGCUGCAAUCAGCUGAAUUGAAGACAUCAGUUAAGCUGUGAACAACAAACCGUAGGAGUUUCUCUAAAACACAAAAAACAAACAAACACUUUUGUCUGAAAAUGCGUCUAUUUUUGACACUUUGCUGCACUUUGGUCACCAUUGCACAUGGCAAGCCACAAGGUUACAAUUACGGCACUGGCAUCUCGGGUGGUAGCGCACAAGGUGGCUCCUAUCAGAGUGGCAGCAAUUUUGGAGGCGGUCUGAGUGGACUUGGUGGCUUAGGCGCACCGCAUGGCGGCAGUGUUGGCGGUUUUGGCAGCUUUGGCAGCGCCAGCAGCAAUGGACCUAGCUUUAGCGGUUUCCAGAGCGUCGGCGGCGGCAGUUUGGGUAAAGGCAGCAGUUACGGUCACAGCAGCAGCGGUGGCAAUGUGGGUUUCGGUAGCGGCAUUGGUGGCGGUAACUUUGGUGCUGGUUUCGGUGGUUUCGGAAAUGGUGGCUACAAUGCUGGCGGCUUCGGCGGACAACAACAAUCGGCCGGUUUUGAACCCACUUUGGUGCACAAACAAUUCAUUACCGUUUCGGCACCUGAAGAUCAUGAAUCGUUGGAGAAAACCAAACACUUUGUUAUUGGCCGUCCACAAAAGAAUUAUCGCGUUGUCUUCAUUAAAGCGCCAUCAUCCAGCUCGGCUAAUGUCAAACUCUCAGCUGAGUAUGCGCCACAAGAAGAAAAGACCGUCAUUUAUGUGCUCUCGAAGAAGGAUUCAUCACUUGAGGUCAACGACAUUGCCACGCCCGCACCCACUGUGCCCGCUAAACCUGAGGUAUUCUUUAUCAAAUAUAAAACCGAGGAUGAAGCUCAGCAUGCGCAGCAGCAAAUUCAAGCUGAAUAUGACAAAAUCGAAGGCACAUCUGAGCACACCGACGGCGGUAUUGGUCAGCAGCAAUCGGUUAUUGGCAUUUUUGAUGGCGGUGCUGGUGGUGCCGGUGGUGCUGGUGGUCAAGGCGCUAGUUCGCAUGGCACUGGUAUCGGUAGUGGCAGCAGUUAUGCCUCUGCUAGCGGUUCUGGCAUUGGCGGUGGUUUUGUUGGUGCUUCUAGUUCAAACUUUGGUGUUGUUAACCAUGGCGCUUCGAAUGGCGCAAAGUCCUCCACUUACUUGCCACCUUCCAAAACGGUGUGAAAAUAGACAUAAAGGCAAUUUUCCAAUUAAUGUUUGAUAAACGAAUUUUGUUAGAGAACACGCGAUUUAUUAAUUAAACGAAUUUUAUUAAAAAAAAAAACCAAAAAUAUAUUUUUUACAUAAAAUCCAAGAGGAACCCAAUUGGAGCUGGGCUCAGGAACGAUUUCUUUCCGUUAAUAACAAUAACGGUAUAUUUUGUCCCAUGCAUAUAUCAUCACCAAGCCUUAUCUUCAACGAUCUCAAUAUUACCAAUCGAAAAAUCGAUUUCAUUCUUCAACCUCUUCGGCUGAUAUCUGGUAAGGAUAGAUAUGUAACUCUUUGAGUGGUUUAUCAGCAUAACCUAGCCUAUUCUUUAGGCCCGGAACUGUUGUUCUAUAAACUGAAAACUUGUCAAGAAUAAAAGGGUUUUUUUUUUUAUCCAAGCCAUUUACUCUACAUCACCUCUGACUAGUCGGUAGGUUGGUCUCAGGGAGGGUCAUGCAUGGCAACAGUUUUAUCGUGGUCUUUUAGAAAAAAGACAAGUUAGACCUUAAGAAGACCAGACUGUCGCUAUUACGACUCGGAUCAUUUUCGGAAAUUUUAUAAGAUUAAAUAUGUAGAAAUCAGCUAACGAUAUCCUUCAUAUCACGGCUGUGCAACUUUCCAUUCGAUAGCUGAGGUGAUUUUCAGCCGAACUUCUCUUUCCAAGCUCUCAGUUGGUACGAAAAAUUUCAGUCUACGCCUUGCCAACG